AAGAAUCAAAUCGUAAAGUAAAGCCACGCCACCACGGGAUGUGAAAUCAGCAAAGAAGCAUCAUGUCGCCAUGUCGUCAUAGCGCGAACCCAGAACGACGACACGAGUCUCUCUGACGACAGCUGAGGUGUCACGGUCGCCAGGCCGGACACGUCCCAAACUUUGCAAAACGUUCACUCGAGCCGCGUCAAAUUUCCGAAUUGGAGCGCCAUGCUCGCCCGGACCACCCUCGCAAGCUUUAGGACACGCGGCAGCCAUGGGAAUGCAAAUAGCUGGAAUGUCGCGAAAACGGUGACGCCCCGCCGUAUAAAAAGCACUCGGCGACGUCGGCAUACCGACAGUUUUUCUCGUCUCUAGCGAUCGAGAGCUCGUGACAAGUAGGAUGAAGGCCACAGCGGUAAUCCUGAUGUCAACGCUGGCCACGGCCCUAGCUGGAAGCGUGCGCAGCAACCAAGACUGGGCCGUCUCGGAGCGACAAGGUCACCAGGCGGGACCCAGUGAAGCUCGGCAACGAGUUUACGUUGUUAGGAAGUCACUUCCCUCUAACCAAGUACCUGCGGCUACUCAACAGCUAUCAGGCUCUGCAGCCAGUGGAUGGUCGAGCAGCUUUCCCGCCAGCACCCGUCCGCUCAAUGGUCAUAGUCAGUUCUACGCAUCCGGGUCCUCAUCCUCCAGAACCAACGAGCCCCUGAAAAACUCUGAGCCUCAAUGGAAGAACCCAGGAACGAGCUCAGAUUGGCCGUCCAACUUUCCAGCGGAGCAGACCAGUCCCGCCAGAGAAGCUGCACAAGCCAUUCGUGGCAAUAACGGCAAUGGGUAUCGAAAGCAGAGUUAUUUGGCUCCGUCCAGUACUGCGGAUGGCGAAUGGAAACUGCAGGUUAAUAAGCAGCCGAAGCAAGCAUACAGUUCAGACACCGGUUCGUCAGCGCCUUCUCGCCAAGAUUAUUCUAAUAACAAAGGUGGCUGGCAAGUUAAAAACAGCGAAUCUGGACAGGCUAUGACUGCGGGCGGACAUGAGCACGUCUUUACCAUCAAGACGGUCAAUCUGGACAGUCAUUCCUCACCUCAUGGGGACCAUGCGUUCUUCUCCGGGGCAGGCCCUAUGCACAGUUCCUUUGGGGCUCCAAUGACGGAAAAGCAGAUCUACAUUAUCAAGACCCUCGGUCCCGACCACUUUAUGGGUAUCCAGAUGAACCAGGCUUGGCCAUCCGACUGGGACGUGAACUAUGCUGCCCAAUUUGAAGCUCAGAUGGGAGGUGGAUGGGUCCCCCCCUCGACAAGUAGCAAGAAGCAAGUCUACUUCAUUCGAUCGCUGCCAAGUACCAUGAUGCAGCAGCUUCCCUUCGGCUGGCCAGCUGGAGUCCGAAGACCCUACAACAAGCAUUCGUGGCAUUAGAUCGAUUGCACAGCGUUUUCUAAUUUGCUCUCUCAACCCAAAGACGUUUCCUCACUACAUUACAAAGGAACGGAUUAGAGUGUCGGUUUCAGCCUAGGAACGACCAAACACAGGCAGGGGCCCUGAUCUACACGGCGGGGCCAAGCGGGACUGAGGAAUCGGGACACCACCAGCUGCUGUGAAUGGCCAGCUCCGCACCGCCGACCAAUCAGAGCCGGCGGCGAUGUCCCGAUUCCUUAGUCCUGCUUGGUCCCGCCGUGCAGAUCAGGGCCCCAGGAUGUCUUUGUGUCGCCUUUUGUCUUACGUGUUUAGUCUUUUAUUUGUUUCUUGACUGCCUCCAAUAGGAUUGCCAACUCACAAUGAGAUAUCUUCUUUUUGUUUUCAUCGUUUCUCACACUGCCCGUGACGGGCUCAGCUUGCAUCGUUUUUGUGAUGAAUGACUAGGUAGGUAUACUGCGGCCGGUACUUUCUUCCAGCUGGACGCUGCAUACAUAGCUAAUUAUUUCUUUAACAACUGACAGCUUCACAAGAAAAUACCACUUUUAGGUGAAACCCCCCUCUCGAGUUUGACUCUUCUACCCUUUGCCCAAUAUAUUGAUUAAAAAACAAAGCUUAUGAGCGCGGAAGAGCAACUCGGAAGUGUGAAAUGACACGCAAGGUGACACACCAUGUGUUUUGUGAGCUGUCUGUAACCCCACAUGUAAACAGUCGGAAAGGAACGGAGCAAACGAGAUCAGUCACGAAGGCCACAGCCAUUAUCUUCACUGUCAUCGGUAUACCGUCCGGGCACUAAAUUUAAUUGUUUUGUUUUUAUUCGACGUACGGUUUAAAUUCGCACUGUGUGCACAAUGUGCGUAGUCCACGGAAAACAUCACACCCCACCCACUGCGAAUGCCUCAAAGCAAAUCCGUUGAUUAUUGGCCGAACUACAGGAAGUAAUAAAACCAUUUUCCGAAGUCGUAC